AUGAUCUCCAUCACCGAAUGGCAGAAGAUUGGUGUGGGCACUGCUGGCUUCGGCAUCUUCUUCAUCCUCUUUGGAACACUCCUGUACUUUGAUUCGGUGCUCCUGGCCUUCGGAAAUCUGCUGUUCCUGACUGGCCUUUCCCUCAUCAUUGGCCUGAGGAGGACGUUCUCCUUCUUCUUCCAGAGGCACAAACUCAAGGGCACCAGCUUCUUCCUGGGGGGCGUGGCCGUCGUCCUGCUGCGCUGGCCUCUCCUGGGCAUGAUCCUGGAAACCUAUGGCUUCUUCAGCCUCUUCAGGGGCUUUUUCCCUGUCGCCUUUGGCUUCCUGGGGAGUACCUGCAACAUCCCCUUCCUGAGUGCGCUGUUCCGGAGGUUUCAAGGCACCAGUUCAAUGGUCUGA